AUGGUUGAGGAUAGUAAGCUAAUGUGCAUAAUUCUUGAUGUUCCUCAUGUGUUUAUUAAAGAAGUUAAAGAAGAUGAGGUUUUAAGAAUGGUUGUUAAAAUCAGGAGAGAGUACAACAAUGAAGAUAGGAAAAACAUUAAAAAGAAUUACAAGGCCAAAAAACUGUUAGUAUGUGGCAUAGGUCCUGAUGAGUACAAUUGGAUCUCAACUUAUGAAAAAGAAAAAGAGAUAUGGGAUUUCUUAAGGACUGUUCAUGAGGGAACUACAGAUUUGAAGGAUUCUAAAGUUGACAUACUGACAACACAAUAUGAAACCUUCACUAUGAAAGAAGAAGAGACAAUACAAGAAAUCCAUAUAAGAUUCACUUCUAUCACAAAUGAGCUACACUGCUUAGGAGAAGUGAUGAUAUUGUAUAAACAAGUGAGGAAGAUUUUGGAUGUUCUUCCCAAGUCAUGGGAAAGAAAAGUAUAUGCCAUGAUUGAGCCAAGAAAUAUUAAAACCCUAACUAUGGAUGAACUUAUUGGAAACUUGAAAACUCAUGAACUUAAGAAACAACAAGGAGAAUAG